CCGGCAAUGUGCGAUUCGUCGAAUUAUGUUGCAUCACUUAUCUGUUAUGAAAAAAACGGCGGCGUAUCGGCAACAAUCGAUUCUGGGUUGUGUAAUUAACAAAAAAUUUAUGAUUAUGAAUCAGCCCCCAAAAUGUUGUGACCCUGUCGCAGAACACAUAUCGUACACUCGUCCAAGUUCUAAAAGUUCUAAAAGUUCUAAAAGAUUUUAG